AUGGAGGAAUCUGGGGGUGAAUCUUCCAUUGAACAGCUGACCCAACAACUGGCUGCUCUGACCCAAACUGUUCAAGACCUACAGGGGGGGUAUCAUCAAGUACAGAAUCAGCUGCAGGCUCUCACCGCUGCAGGGGGCCCUCCUGCUUCAGCUGCCACUCCUCCUGACCCUUCCUUGAACCCCGUACUUACUCCACUGAGCGCGCCAAAGUGGGGGUUGCGAUUUCCCUUCUUUUUGGAGAACCCCAGUCCUGGGCUCACUGUCUCCUGGAGCAACGUAGUCCUCUCCUCUGUGACUUUUCAGGUUGCUAUGACAAGUUUGUACGACGAUCCUAAGAGGGCUGAAACCGCUGAGGCCACCUUAAGAACUCUACAGCGGGGCAAGAGACCUGUAGAGGAAUAUGUUUCUGACUUUCGAAGGUAUGCUUCCGACACUGAGCGGAAUGAAGCCGCUCUUAAGCAUCAAUUUCGCCUUGGCCUUUCCAAUUCUUUAAAAGAUGAGCUGGCUCAUGUGGGCACUUACUUUUCCAAGAUUAUCUCCCCCAUCACGGACCUCACCAGCUCCCUUAAAAGUUUCCAUUGGUCUUCUGAAGCACAACUUGCCUUUGACGAGUUAAAAAGAAGGUUUACCACCGCACCCAUUCUUAGACAUCCAGAUCCAUCGCUCACUUUUCCCGUGGAAGUAGAUGCUUCCAAAUCCGCCAUCGGUGCUGUGCUGUCUCAAAGACCAGUUGAUGGGAUGGUUCAUCGUGCCCAGGGGAGUUUUAAGACCUUUGCUGACAGGAAGCUCUGUGGGGGGUGUAGAACCAUGAGGUUACUACAGCUCCUUCCCAUCCUUUGGAAAGGAUUAUUUGUCCUUUUGGUCCUCGGUUUUGUUGUUCAGUUCCUGGGAAAGCGUUUACAGGAAAGCCCCCCUCAGACAUUCACUCUACUGCCCCCAUUCUCCACACCCUCAACACCAACGUGUCAACCAAGCUCUCACAUAGUGUUCCUGAAGACCCACAAGACUGCUGGCAGCACCGUACUGAAUGUGCUUCACCGUUAUGGGGACAGGAACUCACUUACGUUUGCUCUACCCCAGAAGUAUCAGUUCAACUACCCCAGCUUCUUCAAGGUUGACAUGGUAAAAGGAUAUGAUGAAGUUAACAAGACAACGUAUGAUCUCCUGUGCCACCAUAUGCGCUUCAAUCUCCCAGAGGUCAGGAAGCUGAUGCCCGCAGACUCCUUCUACUUCACAAUCCUACGGGAUCCAGCCACCUUGGCAGAGUCUUCUUUCUCUUAUUAUCAUUCGGUUUCAUCUGCCUUUAAGAAAGCCCCCAACUUAACAGAGUUCAUAGCCCACCCUACUCACUACUACAAACCAGGGGAAAAUGGAAACCAAUUUGCCCACAACUUUCAGUGGUUCGACCUGGGACUGGACCCUGACACCCCAUUCAAUGAAUCUCUGGUCAGAGCAGAAGUCAGGAAGAUAGAGAGGACUUUCCAACUAGUCCUACUCUCUGAGUACUUUGAUGAAUCAAUGGUCCUUCUGAAGGAAGAACUGUGCUGGGAUCUUGAUGAUGUGGUGACCUUUAAACUCAAUGCUCGUGAGGCUUCCACACCACUGGAAGAAAGAGAGACAGAGAUGUUGAGGGCCUGGAAUGCCCUAGACUGGUAUCUUUAUGUCUACUUCAACCGUACCUUCUGGGAGAAAGUAGAGAGAUUUGGGAGGGAGAGGAUGGACACAGAAGUUAGGAAGUUGAAAGAAAGAAGACAAGAGCUAGUUGAGAUAUGUCUUGAAGGGUCGAACCCUGUAAGAGCGAAUGAAAUCAAAGAAAAGAGCAUUAAACCAUUCCAGUUUGGCCAGGAGAAGAUCAUGGGGUGGGUGGUGAAAAUGGAUCUUGAGCCAAGCACCCGGGCCUGGUGUGUUCAAAUGGUAACUCCAGAGCUGAGGUACAAGGACAUUCUGGGUGCAAGGCAGUUUCCAGGAGCUGUAUGAAAGGGGCCUAAGGCAGCAGGACCUCAGUGAAGCUUCUAUGGUCCUAAAGUCUCUAGUAGAAUUAAGUCUAAAGCAA